GGGAACAAACAACGGCGCGCGCGCUGGCUCGCUCCCGCCGACUUUCACUCGAAAGACGCCAUGAAGAAGGUCAAGAGGAUGCUCGACAUCUUCGUGUUCUCGGUCGUCCUCGGCGCCGAGUUUGCACACGCCGUGACCUGCUUCGCUCGCUUGGAGCGCUCGACCGGCACCUGUCGCGAAGAACUCGGCGACCUCGACGAGGACGACUGCUGCCUCAACACCCGCUACGCCUACCGGACUCCGGACGGAGACUGCCAGUCCUGCGGUCCUCCGACGUGGUCCGACUGGUCGCCGUGGUCGCCGUGCAGCACCCUGUGCGGGGAGGGCGUGACGCAGCGGAGCCGGAAGUGCUUCGGCUUCGGCCAAUUGGAGUGCAAGAAUGCCGCCGACGCGCUGCAGACCAAACCCUGCGACGGCGCCUGCUGCGACGAGGGGUGGAGCUCGUGGCUGGCGUGGUCGCCGUGUUCGGUGACGUGCGGAGGGGGCGGAGUCAGGACGCAGGAGCGGCUUUGCCACGCCCCUCCCGAGUGCCUGUCGGCCUGCGUGGGCGUGUCCAGAAUGGAGCUGCGGUGUGACGCCCCCGCCGGGUGUCCAGUGCACGGCGGGUGGUCGCCGUGGUCGUCGUGGUCUUCGUGUUCGUCGUCGUGCUCGUACGACGACGCGGUGUCGCCGUCCAGACGGCGUCGUCGCUCCUGCUCCUCGCCCGCCCCUUCUGCCGACACGGUGCCGCCCGGGGACCGUUGCCACGGGGAUGACAUGCAGGUACAGGACUGCGGCCACAUCCCAAAAUGUCCAGGUGGGUCGCCGGGCAGGGUUCUGGGUUCCGAGCCGCGACGUCGACUUUCAGGGGCCGGUCUCCUCCGCAGUGGACGGCCAGUGGGGCGAGUGGUCGCCUCCGGGAAUUUGCUCCGCCCGGUGCGGGCAAGGCCUCCAAUUAGCCAGCAGGAAGUGCGAUCGGCCUCCGCCCAAACACGGAGGCCGAUUCUGCGAGGGGCCGAGCGCCCGAAGCAGCGUGUGUUACGUCACCUGCGCAGGUGCGUGCUCGUGCUCGCGCUCGCGCCUGCGCGUGCUCACGUUCACGUCCACGUCACGUCACGUCACGUGCGGUCGACAGUUGAUGGAUCCUGGUCCGGCUGGGCCAAUUGGGGCGAAUGUUCUUCUUCCUGUAUCGCGGAAGGCGGAGCUCCCGUCAGGACUCGCCAGCGCUUCUGCUCUAGCCCCGCCCCUUCCGUCUACCCCCGAGGUGACAGUUGCUAUGGCAACAGGGCGGCGCGCACACACACACACACACACAACUGGUCUCCGGCCAAUGACGACAGAACCCCGCCCGUGUCGGUUGUUGUUGCAGGUGAGGGUUGCCGUGGCGACAACCGCUCCUCGGAGGCCUGCGCCGAUCUUCCGCAUUGCGCCGUCGACGGCGCGUGGGGGCCCUGGUCGUCCUUCUCGGCGUGUCCCGUCACCUGCGGCGUCGGACUGGAGGUGUCCCGCAGGAGCUGCGACAGCCCCGCCCCCGAGCGCGGCGGCCGCCCGUGCCCCGGCGACGAGCGCCGGACUCGCAUGUGCAACACUGACGUCCACUGUCCGGUGGACGGCGUGUGGUCCGAGUGGUCGCCGUGGCUGAAAUGCAAGUACCUGUUCCGAGGACGCGACAUCCGCUGCAAGCACAUCGGCGGAAGUCAAAGUCGAGAGCGCGAAUGUUUGCAUCGGGCGCACAACGGGUCCAUCUGCGGGGGGGACGACCUCAGCCUCAGCCAGUACCGGGCCUGCUUCGACGUCAACGCUUGCUACGUGAAGGGCAGCUGGGGGGGCUGGGAGGCCUGGUCUCUGUGCAAGCCGGCGUGCGGGGGGAACUCUCAGCGGAGCCGCAACAGGAUAUGUGAGCCAGAUUACAGCGACUAUCGGCCCGCCAUCAGCCGUUUGAAGCAGCCGGCCACCUUCGUGGGGACGCCGCUUUUGGACUGCGGGGAGGCGCCGGGGGGUGUCACCAAGGAGGUUUGGCCUUGUGUCAACGUGCCCCCCUGCGACUGACGCCCGCGUGCGUGGGGGGCCUUGCCAAUAAAAUUGUUGAGCAUCACUGGUGUCUCCUCGCAACCGGAGGCUCGCGGGUUCGAUCCUUCACGUGCGCGCACACAAUAAAUGGAUAAUUCCAACUUUGCACUCUGGAGUAAGUCAG